GGUCUCCAGAGUGUUUGCAAUGCCUCGAUCCACUGUCCACCGCAUCGUCCACAGAGUCACUGAGGAGGUGGUGGCCAUUCGCCACAAGGUCAUCCACCUACCGAAGACCCAGGAUGAGUUACAACCGAUAUCCCGUGGGUUUGCAGGGCUGGCAAGACACAGAGCCUUUUUUAAAGCAGCUGGAGCAAUCGACGGCUGCCAUGUCCGCAUCAAGCCACCGAGCGGCCCUGAUGGUCAGUGCUACAGGAACAGGAAACUGUUUCCAUCCAUCAUCCUGCAGGCUGUCUGUGAACAUCAGGGCCGCUUCAUUGACACCUACGUGGGCUGGCCUGGGUCGGGCCACGACUCCAGAGUGCUCCGCUACAGCCCACUGUACAGGAGUUCACUCUACCCUCCUCCAGGGCAUUUCAUCCUUGCAGACGGAGGGUGCAAGGAUGAAAUGCCUCCAAUACCCACUCCCCCUCAUCACUCCCUACAAGAGGCCAAUACAAGGUGUGGGAGCCCAGCGCUUCAACAGCCAUCACUCCAGGGCACGCUCCAUUAUAGAGCGUGCUUUUGGGAUGAUGAAGACCAGGUUCCCGGCCAUCUUCCUGCAAGCGCUGGAGGUGCACCACACCUUUGUACCUCACGUCAUAACAGCAUGUGCCAUCUUCCACAACAUCUGCCUUGGUGCUGGUGACAUUGUGGCGCCAGAGGAUUAGCCUGAGGAGGACGAGGCAGAGGAUGAGGGGGAGAACGGUUUGGAGACAGUUAGCGGUGCUCCCUGGCGUAACCAGCUGUCUGCAGAGGUGUCUGCCCUGGAGGAGGUGCCCCCUGACCACCAAUAUUUUUAACA